GGUAUCUGGCAAUCUGGAUUCUCCUGGAAGCUCCUGAGUCUUGCUAAUAUUUAUAAUAAGUAUAUUCCUGCAUCUCGAUGUUAUGUUAUUAAAAAGUAUUUCUUCAAUUUUGUGUUAUGUUAUUAAAAAACUUUUAACACAAAUAACUUUAUCUUACGAAUAACGUUAUAAUAAUCUAAAUACCGCGAUAUGGAAAACAGUUCAAAUGAAGAUUCCAAACAUAGUGAUAAAAUUGAAUUUAAGAAGCCUGUGUUGUUCGGACGAAUAGGUAAACUGCCGAAGAAGGUAAAGCCUGAAAGCCAAAAUGUGCAAGUUAGUAACGAAGAGAAUGAACAAACGAGAAGUGAUUUUGAAGCCGAGAAAUCGAAGAGCCCUUUGCCGCCCGCUCUCAUUUUUAAAGAACUAUCGACGCCUAUUCCUUAUAAAGAACCGAAAUGGUCAGGUCUUGCUCCGGAUGGUACAGAAUAUGGUUUGGAAGUAUUAAAAUCAGGGAUGAUAGUGGAAAAAGUUGAUUUAACUCAAAAAGCAUACUUUGUUUUUGGUAGACUCGCCAAUUGUGAUGUAAUGUUGGCUCAUCCUACAAUAUCAAGACAUCAUGCAGUCCUACAAUACAAAGCAUUCGCAGAAGAAAACGAACCAACCUCCGGCUGGUAUCUCUACGAUCUCGGAAGCACGCACGGCACAUUCCUUAAUCGAGAUAAGUUAAAGCCGCAAACAUAUACGAGAGUCAGAGUCGGACAUCAGAUUAAGUUUGGGACUAGCACGAGGACUUAUAUAAUGCUGGGCCCAGACUACGAUUGCGAAGGCGAAUCGGAAUUAACAGUAACAGAGAUAAAACGCAGAGCGCAGCAGAUGAAAGAAGAAAGAGAUAGAAUGAUACAAGAAGCAAAGGAGCAGAGGGAGAAGGAGAGAGUGGAAGAGGAAAAGAGAAGGGAAGAGCAGGGGAUUGAUUGGGGGAUGGGCGAAGACGCAGACGAAGAAACAGAUCUAGCUGACAAUCCGUACGCCGUCACCGCUAACGAAGAACUAUAUUUGGACGAUCCUAAAAAAACUCUACGAGGUUACUUCGAAAGGGAGGGACAUGAGUUGAACUAUGACUGUGAAGAACGGGGUGUUGGACAGUUUAUUUGCAGAGUAGAACUACCGCUAGACGAUCCGCACGGUAGACCCAUCAUGGCUGAAGUUAUUCACAAGGGAAAGAAGAAAGAAGCGGUUGUUGCUUGUGCGCUAGAAGCUUGUAGGAUAUUGGACAGAGCCGGGGUGUUGAGGCAAGCUAAACAUGAAUCACGUAGAAGAAAACAGCGCGACUGGAGCGCUGACGACUACUACGACUCUGACGAAGACACUUUCCUCGAUAGAACUGGUAGUGUAGAAAAGAAGAGAAGACAGAGAAUGGAGAAACACGGUGUAGUUCAGGGGGGCAGUGAAAAGGCACUCACUUAUGAGGAAUUGCUACAACAAAUAACAGACAUAGAAGCGAACAUACAAACAGAGGAACAACAGCUCGACCGUCUCCGUAGGACGGACAAACAGACAAACAGCGAUAGCGCUGAUGUGGACGCAUUGGAUGAAUACAUGAAUAGUUUGGGCAAACAGAGCAUGGCGCAGAAGGCUGAGAUUUCUAAGGCUAGGAUGAGCAUCCAAAAACUGAAAUUACAAUUGAACAAGACGCACAGACUCGCAGAUCUCGCUCGACCGGCGCACGCGCCGCCGUUGAUCAAGAAAGAUAAUAAGAUCGUUAAACAGAAUAACUCUGUUGUUUAUGGGAAGAGAUUAAAAUUAAAAGAAGACAUUGAGAAGAAAACAAAAGUAAGAGAAGAGAAGAAACAAGAAGACACAGAAUUUGUGGAAGAAAUGGAUUCUGAUGAUGACAGUGAAACCCAAAAGAAACCUAAAGAAGAAUUGACUGAGAGAAUAUCACAAAAGAUUGACAAACCUCAAGAAGAAUUGACAGAAAGAAUAUCGGAGAAGAGUAAAGAAGAUUCUAUAAGUAUAGAAUCUAAAAGUGAAAAUGAAUCUUCUGUUUCUGAAAAUAAAGAUAUUAAAAAAGAAGAAAGUAAGAGGGAAACAAGAGUAUUUGGACCAAUGAGACCUCCAGAAAAUUAUGUUAUACCGGAAAGUUAUUUUGACCAAGAGUCAGAUAGAGAUCUGCCGGAAAUUAAGGAAAAAGAAUGAAAUAAAUUGUUUUUUGGAGUA